AUGGAGAUGUUGCGGCGGAACCUGAAGCGGCAGGCGUCGCGCUCGCUCUCCGCCUUCGCCGGCGCCGCCUCCCCGCGCGCCGCCGACCAGGAGAACCUCCACCCCAACCUCGCCUCCUCGCCGCCGGCGUCGCCCGCCAAGGGCGCCUCCUCGCCACGCCCGAAGCAGCCAGCGGCUGCGGCUCCGCCGGCUGCCACCGCCGAGGACGAUCACUCCACGGCCGCUACCACCGCGCCAGCCGACGACGAGCCCUCCGUCAAGGUGAUGGUGAGGGUGCGCCCGACGGUGAGCCGGCCGGUGGACGGCAAGGAUCUGUGGUUCGUCCGCAAGACCGCCCCAGACUCAGUCUCUGUCGGCGACCGGUCCUUCCUAGUGGAUGGCGUCCUCGACGACAGGGCUUCUCAGGCCGAUGCGUUCGAUCUGGUAGGAUCGCCCAUGAUCGAGAACGCUCUUGCUGGAUUCAACACAUCCCUCGUCUGCUAUGGCCAGAGUGGCACCGGGAAGACAUACACCAUGUGGGGCCCUCUCGGCGCCAUGGUUGACAGUGGCUCUGACCACGCUGACCGGGGCAUCGUUCCUCGGGUUUUCCAGAACCUGUUCUCUCGAAUCCAAAGAAUGCGAGAGAGUUCGCCUGAGAAGCAGACGAGCUACCAAUGCCGUUGCUGGUUCCUCGAGGUACAUAACGAGCAGAUCAAUGGUCUGUUGGAACCAUCUCAGCGUGACCUGCAGAUAAAAGAGAAUGCUGGCAAUGGUAUCCAUGUUGAGAACUUGACUGAUGAGUACGUGUCAACAGUAGAGGAUAUCAAUCAGAUCUUGAUGAAGGGACUGUCAAACAGAAAAGUUGGCACCACCAGUAUGAACUUGAAAAGUUCCCGCUCUCAUGUGAUAUUCACCUGCAUUAUUGAAGCAUGGAGCAAGGGUUCAUCAAAUGGGUUUAGCAGUUCAAGAACUAGCAGAAUUACCUUUGUUGACCUUGCUGGUCCUGACACUGAUGAACUUGAUGGUGCAGCAAAGCAUUCCACAAAGGAGGAAAGACAUCUUAAGAAGUCUCUUUCAAGGCUUGGGUAUGUAAAUCUGUAA